CAGGGUCCAAACAACCUGCUGUCAACGAGGAAGUAACGCUGGACUUGCAAAACUUUAGCUGUCGCUACGUUUGCUGUUGGACGUAAACUUUGUGAUACGUUGUAGUUUUCUCGGCAUUUAGUAUUUUCGUGAGUGACGCAGUCAAAAUGUCCUCCGUGGACUUGGAGAAGUUGAGGAUGACCGGAACCGGACGGGCCAUAGCGGUGCUGACCAGCGGUGGAGAUGCACAAGGGAUGAACGCGGCUCUCCGUUCUGUCACUCGGAUGGGCAUUUAUGUGGGAGCCAAAGUCUAUCUUAUUUAUGAGGGAUACCAGGGUCUGGUGGACGGAGGAGAUAACAUUAAACUGGCCCACUGGCAUAGUGUGACAAACAUCAUCCAACUUGGUGGGACUAUAAUUGGCAGUGCCAGAUGCAAGGCUUUCACAACUCGUGAGGGUAGACUGGAAGCUGCCUUCAACCUGGUACAGAAGGGCAUCACCAACCUCUGUGUGUGUGGUGGCGACGGCAGCUUGACCGGGGCCAACAUCUUCCGUGGCGAGUGGAGCAGUUUGUUGUCGGAGCUUGUAGAGAAAGGACGCAUCACCGACACUCUGGCCAAGCAGCACAGCCACCUGAACAUUGUGGGGCUGGUUGGUUCCAUAGAUAACGACUUCUGUGGCACUGACAUGACCAUCGGAGCCGACUCUGCCCUGCAUCGCAUCAUGGAGAUAAUUGACGCCAUCAUGACCACAGCACAGAGCCAUCAGCGCACAUUUGUUCUGGAGGUGAUGGGUCGACACUGCGGGUAUCUGGCCUUGGUGUCAGCCUUGGCCUCAGGGGCAGACUGGCUCUUUAUUCCCGAAGCUCCUCCUCAGGAUGGCUGGGAGGAUCGCAUGUGUGCACGUCUGGAGAUGAGCCGUUUGAAGGGAUCCAGACUCAACAUUAUAAUCAUUGCAGAAGGAGCCAUUGACACAAAAGGAAAUCCAAUCCAGUCAACAUAUGUAAGAGAUUUGGUGAAGAAGCGACUUGGUUACGACACUAGGCUGACUGUCCUCGGCCAUGUUCAACGAGGAGGAACUCCCUCAGCGUUUGACAGAAUUUUGAGCACUAAGUUGGGCGUGGAGGCCGUGGUUGCCCUGUUAGAUGCCACUCCUGACACUCCGGCCUGUGUCAUCGGGCUGUCUGGUAACCAUGCCGUCCGUCUUCCGCUCAUGGAAUGUGUGGAGAUGACUAAGUUGGUGCAGCAGGCCAUGAACGAGAAGAGGUUUGAGGAGGCAGUCAAACUGCGUGGAGGGAGUUUUGAGAACAACUGGAACAUCUACAAACUCCUCGCCUACCAGAAACCAUCCCAGUCAGAAAGCAACUUCUCUGUGGCUAUUCUGAACGUGGGAGCUCCAGCUGCAGGGAUGAACGCUGCUAUGAGGUCAGCUGUCAGGUUAGGGCUUGCUAAUGGACACAAGGUCUAUGGAGUCCACGAUGGAUUUCAGGGACUGGCUAAUGGAGCGGUUUUCGAGAUGGAAUGGCACAAAGUGGCUGGAUGGACAGGCCAAGGUGGUUCACUGCUGGGAACCAAACGGACUCUUCCCAAUAAGAACAUGGAGAAAAUCGUGGAGACAAUUGCCAAGUUUAAAAUCUCGGCUCUGCUUAUAGUUGGAGGAUUUGAGGGAUAUGAAGGUGUGCUACAGCUGUUUGAAGCUCGGAGUCGCUUUGAUGAGCUCUGCAUCCCCAUGUGUUUGAUCCCUGCCACCAUCAGCAACAACGUGCCUGGAACUUACUUCAGUCUGGGAGCAGACACAGCCAUGAAUGCUGCUAUGGAGGGUUGUGACAAGAUUAAGCAGUCUGCCACUGGAACCAAGAGACGAGUGUUUGUGGUGGAGACGAUGGGUGGAUACUGUGGCUAUCUGGCAACCUCCACUGGUAUAGCAGUGGGUGCAGACGCAGCCUACAUCUAUGAGGAGCCUUUCAAUAUCCACGACUUAAAGACUAAUGUGGAGCAUUUAACUGAAAAGAUGAAGAAGGACAUACAGCGCGGUCUAGUUCUGAGGAAUGAAAAAUGCCAUGAAAACUACACCACAGAUUUCAUCCAUAAGCUGUACUCUUCAGAGGGCAAGGGAGUCUUUGACUGCAGGGUGAAUGUGUUGGGACACCUGCAGCAGGGAGGGGCACCUUCUCCUUUUGACAGGAACCUUGGUACAAAGCUGGGUGUGAGAGCCAUCCAGUGGAUUUCCGAGAGACUGACGGAAAACUUCAAACAAGGCCGCGUGUUUACCAACUCCACAGACACAGCCUGUGUACUGGGCCUCCAGAAGAAAGUCAUCUCUUUCGUGCCUGUUUCUGAACUUAAAUCUGUGACCGAUUUUGAGCACAGGAUGCCCAAGGUGCAGUGGUGGUUACAUCUGCGGCCCCUGCUCAAAAUGUUGGCCAAAUACCAAACCAGCUUCUGCGAAUACGUCCCAGGGGAAAUUGAGCAUGUGACCCGUCGAUCCAUCAGUAUUGAUUCUGGGUUCUAAAACCCAUUAAUCUACAUUUUCCUCUCUGCACUUUUAAACUAAUAUCUGUCCAUUAUUGUCUGUGAAAUUAGCUACAGUAUUUUUUAAAGACUGAAUGCAUUUUCAGCAAC